GGGGGGUGGGGUGAAGGGAUGGGGCGGGGAGGAGCCGAAUGCUCGGACUCGGGAACCGCGCGGACCGCCGCCUCCUCUGGCGUCACGGCUCUUCCCCUCCCCAAUCCCGGCCCGCCCUCUCUCCUUCGACCCCUCCUCCUGCUCCUGUUCCCACUCCCGCUUCGGCUCCUGCACCCCACCUCCUCCCCUCCUCCUCCUCCGCCCCUCCCCCUCCUCGGUCCGUGCAGUGACUUAAGCAACGGAGCGCGGCGAAGCCCAUUUUUCCCCUUGCUCGCAGCGCCGACGAGCCCGCGGCUCGCCUCCCCCCGCACGCCCUCCGCCCCGAAAUGAAUUGUGCGGCCGAAGCCGAGUUUAACAUCCUUCUCGCCACCGAUUCCUACAAGGUUACUCACUAUAAGCAAUAUCCACCCAACACAAGCAAAGUUUAUUCCUACUUUGAAUGCCGUGAAAAGAAGACUGAAAACUCCAAAUUAAGGAAGGUGAAAUAUGAGGAAACUGUAUUUUACGGGUUGCAGUACAUUCUUAAUAAAUACUUAAAAGGCAAAGUAGUGACCAAAGAAAAAAUCCAGGAAGCCAAAGAGGUCUACAGAGAGCAUUUUCAAGAUGAUGUCUUUAAUGAAAAGGGAUGGAGUUAUAUUCUUGAGAAGUAUGAUGGCCAUCUUCCAAUAGAAGUAAAAGCAGUUCCUGAGGGUUCUGUCAUUCCCAGAGGAAAUGUUCUCUUCACAGUGGAAAACACAGAUCCAGAAUGCUAUUGGCUUACAAAUUGGAUUGAGACUAUCCUUGUUCAGUCCUGGUAUCCAAUCACAGUAGCUACAAAUUCCAGAGAGCAGAAGAAAAUUUUGGCAAAGUAUUUGAUGGAAACAUCUGGUAACCUUGAUCGCUUGGAGUACAAAUUACAUGAUUUUGGCUACAGAGGAGUUUCUUCACAAGAGACGGCUGGUAUAGGAGCAUCUGCUCAUUUGGUUAACUUCAAGGGAACUGAUACAGUGGCAGGAAUUGCUUUAAUUAAAAAAUAUUAUGGAACAAAAGACCCUGUGCCUGGAUAUUCUGUUCCAGCUGCAGAGCAUAGUACCAUUACAGCCUGGGGCAAAGAUCAUGAAAAAGAUGCUUUCGAACAUAUAGUAACACAGUUUUCAUCAGUGCCUGUGUCUGUGGUCAGUGAUAGCUAUGAUAUUUAUAAUGCGUGUGAGAAAAUCUGGGGUGAAGAUUUACGACAUUUAAUUGUAUCAAGGAGUGCAGAAGCACCACUAAUAAUUAGGCCGGAUUCUGGAAAUCCUCUUGACACUGUAUUAAAGGUUUUGGACAUUCUAGGUAAGAAGUUUCCAGUUACUGAAAAUUCAAAAGGCUAUAAAUUAUUGCCACCUUAUCUCAGAGUUAUUCAGGGAGAUGGAGUUGAUAUCAACACCUUACAAGAGAUCGUUGAAGGCAUGAAGAAAAAAAAAUGGAGUAUUGAAAAUAUCUCCUUUGGUUCUGGUGGAGCUUUGUUACAGAAGUUAACAAGAGAUCUUUUGAACUGUUCCUUCAAAUGCAGUUAUGUGGUUACCAAUGGCCUUGGAAUUAAUGUCUUUAAGGACCCAGUUGCUGAUCCAAACAAAAGGUCAAAAAAGGGCCGGCUGUCUCUACAUAGGACACCUACUGGAAAUUUUCUUACCCUUGAGGAAGGAAAAGGAGAUCUUGAAGAAUGUGGUCAUGAUCUCCUCCAUACUGUCUUCAAGAAUGGAAAAGUGACAAAAAGCUAUUCGUUUGAUGAAGUACGGAAAAAUGCCCAGUUGAGUAGUGAACUGGAAAUGGCACCUCAUUAAGCUUUGUUCUCUGACUGUGUGUGCGUGCCUGCGUGUGUGAAUGUGUGAUGCAUAGAUAAUAUUGUACAGAUCUGUGUGGGGGGUUUAUGUGUUUUAUGAUACAUUACAGCCAAAUUAUUUGUUGGUUUAUGGACAUACUGCCCUAUUUUAUUUUAUUUUAUUUUAUUUUCUGCCAGUCUUUAGGGAGAUCUCAAAUUAGGGAAUGACACUUAACUGUGUAAAAGAUUUAAUGCUGAAGUAAGCUUUUUAGGGCCCUUUGCCAAUAGAUAGUGAUUCAAUCUGGUAUUGAUCUUUUCACAAAUAACAGAGAACUGAAAAACUUUUUUAUAUAUAACAAUAUCACAUAAAACAGAUUUACAUAAAAUUAUCAUGAUUGCUUUAUGUUUAUAUUUAACUUGUAUUUUUGUACAAACAAUAUUGUGUAAGAUAUAUUUAAAGUUUCAGUGAUUUAACCGUCUUUCCAACUUUUCAUGAUUUUUAUGAGCACAGACUUUCAAGAAAAUACUUGAAGAUAAAUUUCAUUGCCUUUUGUCCAUUAAUCAGCAAAUAAAACAUGGCCUUAACAAAGUUGUUUGUGUUAUUGUACCAUUUGAAAAUUAAAUCAGGAUUGUACCCUCUAGAAUUACUGACCUCACUGCCCCAUGUAGAAUUUAUGAACCAUUCUACAUUAAAGAAAAUUAUUGUUGUUACUGGAAUGUUGAGGCACUAUACGCAGAGUCUAUACCUUCCUGAUGGUGUAAGGUAUACAAGUGAAAUGCCAAAUUUGAAAGGAGACAGUAUUGCAAUUUGUAUGUCAGAUAUUGCUUAUGGAUCUAAUAUGCACCUCAAGAUUUUAAAGAGAUAAUGUUUUUAAGAAAAUUCCUCUUCCACUGUAGAAUAUAUACAUAUAUGUAAAAUAUUGACAGAUGUGGAAGUGGUGUAUUUUAAGGUAAUUACACUUCUGGAUUUAUUUUUCAUAUUCUAUAGAUAACAUGAUUUCAGAGUGAAAUACUAGACUGGGUAGUGCACUAUUUUGUUUUCAUUUUUACUUUUAUACUUCUCAUUAGGAUUUUUCUUCCUUUUCUCAAAAUAAAUGUUAAAUUGUACAAAUAUAUUUUAUCAACUUUUAAAAGAAAUAAACAACACUUCAAUAAAAUAUUAUACAAGCAUACUCUUAUCUGAAAGCAGAUUGCCCUGUGAAAACAUAAGAUAACAGUAGGUAUUGACAGAAUGAAACCUUAACUAACAGCAAAAGUUAGAUUCAAAUUAAGAUCACCCUCAGCAUAUACUAGGCUGAAUGGCUGCUAGACAAUGAGAUGGCCAGUGGAUCUAAGAAGUUACAGAAUCUUUUCACAUUCUUCUACCAUGUUGAACUAGUCUCCUGUUUAAAGGGAUGUGCCUUGAAUUUUAGGGAAGAGGGAAAGGCUAGUGUUCAUAUUGGAAUUUUCAUUCAUUUUGGAAGAACUAUCAGGCUUAGGUUUUACUUAAUUUCAAUUUUUAUGUCAUUAGAAAGCUGACAUUUGGGAGACUAGAAAAGCUUUAACAAGAUACUAUAAUUAUGAAAUUUCUAAUAUUGAAAAGCCAUAACUUGUUUGUCUUGUCAAAGAGCCAUGUAACAAAUGUUAUAACAUUAAGACAGCUUAUUAAUUAGGUGAUGGAUUCUAAAAUUAAUUGACUUUUGAGGGUGAUGGAAAGAAAUAGUUUUCUUUUUUCAAAUGAUCUAAACACUAGCUUCUGGACUGCUUUAAAUAGUAGGACUUUAAAUGAGAACUGUAAGCGUUUCUCACUCCCAGGGAAAGCCUUACUCCUGCAACGUUAGGCCAGAAAAUGUUUUAAACUAAAUAAAUGUAUCCAGUUUCAGUAGUACUGAGAAAGAGCUUGUGUUUCUCCACAAAAUGUUCUAGAGAAUUUUGUCCUGUUGAGUUUAAAAAAAGAAAAAGAAAAAAAAAGCUGCAUUAAGUUCUGUACCAAUAACAACUUUUGAUAACUUGACUACCCAUAAUUGAUAUUUUUAUAUUUGAUUAAACACCGGGGAUAUGCUACAAAUGCACUAUUUUCUCUUGUGUACCAUUAAUUACAAGCAUUUUUGUUUUCAUAUAACUAGAUUUGAUUUUUAUUUUGAGACUUUUUAUGAAUGCUCAAAGCUGUUCAUCAAUGUACAUGUCAUUUUUCCUGAAAAUCAUUAUUCUUAAGUUAGUACUUAAGUACUUAAAACUGAUUUAACCCUAAACUUCUGUCACUAAGUGCUUAGUGUUUGGCAAUCCCUGUCCUGGGCACUAGUGGUUAAUAUCCAGGUCAAAUAUAGAACCCUUACUGCUGUGCUUGAACCUUGACAUAUCCUUAUUCUUAACAGAAGCAAACAGCAUGUUUGGGUUUGCUUAAAAUCAGUAGAUUUGUAGUUAUUGAUAUAUUUUAAUUCCCCACAUUUAAUAAUAUCGUAAAAUAUUUAUAUUCAAAUAGGAUAUGGGAGUUUUUUGUGUUGACUUAAUUUAUUUGUAAAAUGGCUUUUAUGAAUAUUCCUUAUUUCUUUUCCUGAAAUGAAUUAUUAUGAAAUUGAUAUAAAACUUUUGUAAAGAAAUCUAUCAUGGACGAUCAGAAGGGAAAAAAAUAAUAGAAAGGUAUUUAUCGUUCUGUUUGCCAAAAUUCAGAACUAAAGUUUUUUGUAGUUUUACAUUCCUUCUUAACCCAUUCAGUGGAGAAAGGUAACACUUCUCCUAAAUCAUAUGUUAAAGCAAUCUUAAUAUGUACUCAGCAUCAAAGACAAACCUGUAAUAAACAUGGAAAUAAAGUUUAGUUAUGUUAGUGAAA